UGCAUUAUUUGUCUCCUGCGCAUGCGUACAGUCAGGUCUUACCCUCCUGCCCACUAGGAGGCGCUGCCUACUGGUGAUAGUUGGUGCCAGUCCUUCUACAUGUGACAUUGACACAACAGAACAACAGAGGCACAAUGAGGUUGACCGCUCUCCUGUCUAUGGCAGCCAGGGUGGUUAUACCCAAAGAUUACCGCUUUGGUACCAACAGACCGUGGACGCCUGCUGCUAAGAGGCUGAACCCUCCGGGGAAGAAGAGGAGAAAGGUGUUUGUGGAGCCGAUAGCACCAGAGGACUGGUCUGUGCUUCGAGGGGACACGGUCGAGAUUCUCAAAGGGAAGGACAAAGGGAAGCACGGAAAAGUGAUCCAAGUCUUCAGACACAGAAACUGGGUUAUGCUGGAGGGCCUGAACACACAUUAUAGGUAUAUUGGAAAAACUGGGGAUUACCGUGGGACCUACAUUGCCAGUGAAGCUCCCAUCCUGCUCCACGAUGUUGCACUCAUUGACCCUUCAGACAGGAAGCCAACUGAUGUGGAGUGGAAAUUCACAGAGGAGGGUGAGAGAGUCCGAGUGUCUCUCAGGACUGGUCGAAUCAUCCCGAAACCUAUUGUAGAGAGACGAGAUGGCAUUGUACCACAGCAGUGGAAAGAUGGUCCGAAAGACACCAGUCCAGAAGACACUUUAGAAAAAACCUACCUACCGUCUCUUAAAACCCUGGAGGAGGAAGUCAUGGAGAAAUUGGGCAUCCAGGAGAAAAGAAGGCCCCGAAGGUCCUACUGGUACUGACAAGAAAAAUCAGAGACACUCAGGACCCAUUGUGCUAUCCAGUUUUCACAGGGACUCUGAAUACAACAUUUUUGGUGAAAGUCGAGCAGAAGAACUAUGAGGAUGACAUGAGUAAGGCUUAUGGACUGUAAAAUACUGGUGCAACAUACAUGUUAUUAUUAAGGAAAUAUGAGGAGGUGAAACGGCCCUGAAUGGGUACAGUUUCAAGUGUUCUCUAAUUACAGCAGAAUUAGAAUUUUGUUUCUUUCUUUGUAAUUGUGAAUAAAUGUCAUACGUAAACUA